ACACGUCUAACGGCUUUUGAUAGUUUGAAGACUCAAAGACGAGAACAGUGGCCAAUAUUAUGAGAAACACAAAGCAUUACAUUGACCUUGUUUCUACUGUAAUUGAUGAUCUUUUAGUCACCAAACAGCCUGCUGAACCUGAUUUGAGUUACAAAGAUAGUGUGCUUGAUGUGAUUAUUCGUCAAAGAAGUAUUCGUGAUUCCAACAGAGCUACUGAAACUGAACAAACGUUCCCUCCUUCUUUGACCCGUCGAUAUGAAGUAUUCUUCAAGCCUUUAAGCAACAGUACAUCUUAUGCUGUUCGCCAAAUCAAUGGUGCUGAAUUAGGCCAUCUUGUUACUGUGCGUGGUAUUAUCACCCGUGUAUCAGAUGUCAAGCCUUUUAUUCAAGUCAACACUUACAGUUGUGAUUCAUGUGGUUAUGAAAUCUUUCAAGAAAUCAAACAAAGACAAUUCACUCCUUUAACCACCUGUGUCUCUGAAGAAUGUCAAAAGAAUGGUACAAGAGGAAAAUUGUACAUGCAAACAAGAGCUUCUAAAUUUUUGGCUUUCCAAGAAGUCAAGUUACAAGAAUUAACAGACCAAGUGCCUGUAGGCCAUAUUCCUCGUACGAUGACAUUGCAUCUCUAUGGUGCUGCUUGUCGUCAAUUGACGCCUGGUGAUGUGGCCAAUGUGAGCGGUAUCUUUUUGCCUAUGCCUUACACUGGAUUCAGAGCCCUUCGUGCUGGUCUUUUGACUGACACUUAUUUACAAGUACAAUAUGUACACCGUCUUAAGAAACAAUACGACGAAAUUGAAUUAACAGAAGAAGAUCAACAACGGCUUGAGGAAUUGAAACGCGAUGCUAAUAUCUAUAGCCAUUUAGCCCGUAGUAUUGCCCCUGAAAUCUAUGGUCAUGAUGAUGUGAAAAAGGCACUUUUGUUGUUGCUUGUAGGUGGUGUCAACAAGACAGUAGGCGAUGGUAUGAAGAUUCGUGGUGACAUUAAUAUCUGUUUGAUGGGUGAUCCAGGUGUAGCUAAAUCUCAAUUACUCAAAUUCAUUGCUAAAGUGGCCCCUCGUGGUGUCUAUACAACUGGUCGUGGUUCUUCUGGUGUUGGUUUGACUGCUGCUGUCAUGCGUGAGCCUGUGACAGAUGAAAUGAUUUUGGAAGGUGGUGCUCUUGUCUUGGCUGACAAUGGUAUUUGCUGUAUUGAUGAGUUUGACAAGAUGGACGAAUCAGAUAGAACAGCUAUUCAUGAAGUCAUGGAACAACAGACUAUCAGUAUCUCUAAGGCUGGUAUCAACACGACCUUAAAUGCUCGCGCUUCCAUCUUGGCUGCUGCCAAUCCUUUGUAUGGUCGUUACAAUACCCGUAUUUCUCCUACACAAAACAUCAAUUUACCUGCUGCUUUGCUCUCUCGUUUUGAUCUUCUUUAUUUAAUCCUCGAUAAGCCUUCUGACGAUUUAGAUCGUCUUUUGGCUGAACAUGUCACUUAUGUUCAUACUCACAAUAAGCCUCCUAAGAUGGACUUUGAUGUUUUAGAGCCUCAUAUGAUUAGGCACUAUGUAGCCCAUGCUAGAACAAAGCGUCCUGUACUCACACAACAAGUCUCUGACUAUGUAACCAGUGCUUAUGUUGGUCUAAGACGUCAAUACAAGAUUGACGAAGACCGCCAACAACAGUUCACAUAUGCUUCUGCUCGUACUUUGUUGGGUAUCAUUCGUAUGGCUCAAGCCUUAGCCCGUGUGCGUCUGUCUGACACAGUUGAGCCCAUGGAUGUAGAUGAAGCACUUCGAUUGAUUGAUGUUUCCAAGUCAUCAUUAACAGAUGAGAGUCAAAAGCGUGAUGGUCGCCAUGACAAAUCACCCAUGUCGGGUAUCUUCAACAUCGUCAAAGAAUUAACAUACCAAUAUGGAAGCUCAAUUGCUUUAUCUACUAUUAGACAGCGUGUUUUAUCAAGAGGUUAUACAGAAAUUCAAUUGGACCAAGCUAUUCGUGAAUACAAGAAUUUAGAUAUUUGGCAAGUGGAUAGUGCUCGUCUUAAUAUUGUUCAUUAAUGUUAUAAAUAAACCCCUCCUCUUUUAUUAUGUAAG